UUCGAUAUCAACGGUAGGUGGUUUCACCUGAUUACCUGCAGGAUGGAUGAUUCAGAUAGAUAGAGAAUAGGGCUGUUCGUAAGAAAAUUACCGAGAAAUCAAAUUUAAUACACUUUACAAUGCUUCAUAUUGACAUUGGGAGGAAGUUAAAGGUGCGUCCAUAUUUGUAUUACUCACGUAUUGUAGCGUGGAACCGCUUUCGGCGUGAAGUGAACGUUAAGUUAACUUUUGAAGUAAAGUUAACAUUUGCUUGCAAUUGCUUCAAUGCACCGAUCGAGUCGAGUGUGACAAUAUUUAACUUAUAUUAAGUCCAUUUUGAAACUGUUUGUAUAGAACUCACUUUUAACGACGAUUUUUGAUGGGUUUCUAUUAGAGAAAUGGACCGCAUUGUUGCUUUAUAUCUCCGCGUUAUUCUUCAAACAUCCUUUUUAUAACGGCUUUGGGACUAUCUGCAUGCUUUCAACGUGGAUUACAGAAAGCAGCAUAAUUGAGAUGCUUUCUGCAGCAUAGAGUGUCUGACAGAGUCUUUAUGACUAAAAUUUCAUUUUCCAGCAUGAUAAUCGAACAGAAACACAUUUUAAUCGCAUAACUUUCUAAGUUGCAAUUUUUAAAUGGUACGUAAAACAAUUGAUGUAGUACCCCUGACAACCGAACGUGCACGUGGUCGAUGAUGGCCGUUCGGCUGUCAUCGCGGUUGUUUGGCGCGCGAACUCAUAUCAGCGCGGGAUAAGAAACGAACGACAUCUACACGUGUUUACUAAACAAGCCGACAGCGUACAAGCAGGCGCUUGCGCAUAAUUUUCCCGCGCUCGGAAAAUACGCUUCAUUGAUGCAGCGGUUGCAGAGGCUGGCAGUGCUCUUCGUGUGCUUUGUUGGAAGCGAACUAGCCCUAACGACACACGCCGCGUGGGGUUUCGUACGACAAGAUGCUGGCGCGCACACUGCUAUGUGUCUGGGCGGUGUUUUUUUAAAUUUUCUUACAGGCGCAAGUCAACCCAACGCUACGUAUUGAGCGUGCAGCACCGUCAGUAGCCUUUGUACCGGGUACGGUGUUGGAUUGAUCUGUUCCGUUCUCCGGAUUGCUGGAAAGAUUAUUAAUUCGUUAAAAAUAGUACCAGCACCGACUGGAACUGUGCUUCGUGAAAGUGUAAGUGUUGUGCAAAUAUUGUUUUUGUGGUGAGCAGUAGAAGAAGAAAAAACGUACAUGGUUUAAUGCCAGCAAGUGAUUGCGUUUCGUUCAGUGUUCAGUGUGAUCCGGUUGAAGGAGUGGUUUUUAGAGAAAAAAAAAAUAAUAAGAUCGUAGUGUGGUGCUAUUCGCUUAUUUCAAUACAACGAUCGGUUCAACGGGCGCUGGAUUAGGUGAGCAACCAAACCGAAGAACUGAUCCCCGCAUCCCCCAACAAGAAGAAGUGGCUCGAUGUCGUCUACCGUGUGAAGCUUGUCACAUAAUCAAAGUACAGGAUCGGUGACUUGCAAUGGGCAUGGCCGCCAUGAUGACGAUGCUGGAGCAAGGAACAAUCGCCACCGCGAACGAUACCACACACGACACGGAUGACUCGACGGAUGCGGUGUACGGUAGUAUGGUGUAUGAGGAGGACGUUUACACAUCGAAACCGUCGGUACCGCCACUGCACCACCUCUCGCAGAUGCCAGUGAGCGAGUUCGAACUGCUCGAAGCACUGUUCAACACAUCGGCCGGGGGUCCGAUAGGUAGCUUCUGGAACACGUCUUCCGUUGCUACCGAAACACCCUACACCCCUUACGAACUAAGGCCGGAGACGUACAUUGUGCCGAUCCUGUUUGCCGCCAUCUUUAUCAUCGGUGUACUCGGCAAUGGGACGCUGAUUAUCGUCUUCUUGAGGCAUCGGGCGAUGCGCAACGUUCCCAACACCUACAUCCUGUCGCUGGCCCUAGCCGACCUGUUGCUGAUCGUUACGACCGUACCGUUUACGUCCAUCAUCUACACGCUCGAUUCCUGGCCAUGGGGAAGCCUGCUCUGCACGUCGUCCGAAUUCAUCAAGGACGUGUCGAUCGGUGUGUCCGUGUUUACGCUCGUCGCACUGUCUGGCGAUCGGUUUUUUGCCAUCGUCGAUCCAUUGCGAAAGUUUCACGCGCACGGUGGUGGACGGCGAGCCACACGGAUGACCAUCACGACGGCGGUUCUGAUCUGGCUUCUGGCCAUCGCCUUUGCCAUUCCUGCUAUCAUUGGAUCACACAUCAAGACUGUCAUCGUCAACAAGGACGUGUCGUUUUACUUCUGCUAUCCGUUUCCGGACGAGUGGGGCCCACAGUACGCCCGGGGGAUGGUGUUGGGCAAAUUUCUCAUCUACUACGCCGUGCCGCUGUUCAUAAUUGGCAUCUUCUACGCACUGAUAGCGCGUCAUCUCAUCCACAGUGCCAAGCACGUACCGGGUGAAAUGCAAGGCACAGUACGACAGAUCAAAGCCCGCCGGAAAGUGGCUGUCACCGUGUUGGCGUUUGUGGUCAUAUUCGGCAUCUGCUUUCUGCCAUCCCAUUUAUUUAUGCUGUGGUUCUAUUACAACCCAAACUUCAACGAGGAUUACAAUGGAUUCUGGCACGUACUGCGAAUAGUAGGCUUUUGUCUUUCGUUCGCCAACAGCUGUGCCAAUCCUGUAGCGCUCUACUGUGUUAGUGGUGCCUUCCGGAAGCACUUCAAUCGGUAUCUGCUAUGCGAUGGAACCUCCAGCAGUCGGCGAAGGCACGGAGACAAUAUGGCACCGAGAGAUACAUCCCUUACCAGCACCAUGUCCCGCCGUUACACCAGCAAACGGAUGCAAUCGCUACGAAUAAACAUUCAGGAGACAACGAUCGUGAUGAUACCGAAUGGGAACUCCAAAUCCGAGGGCGCAGUGCUCGAAAAGGAAAUGGUGUGUUUAUCGUAACAGCGAAAGCACCAUCUAGCGGCCACCGGAAACCGAACCAAGAGUGUUGUCCAAAGGCUAGCGACGACCCACGAACUGACCGCUACGGAUGCUGGAUGCGAUGGUGCUGAUGGUGGUGGCGGUAGUAACGGUGACCAAGAUUUGUGGCCCACGAAAGGAGCAACAACUUGCGACCGGAAACUGUCGACCGUCGGUUUCCGAUUGCCACCCGGUCGUUCUGCUGUUCGACCACACCAAGCGUGUGAAAUAAGCAAGGUUUGAUUUACGGCAAAUGGCGUGUGUGUUCGUGUGGCCGGACGACUGUCCAUUUUGUGAAAGGAAAAUGAUUGAUACAUGUUUUGAGGUAGCGCUGACUGGCCAUAUUGGACGUCAGUUAAAUGUUUGCGGUUGACGCGGUAGAAUGCAUAUGAAGUUAAUGUAAGUAAACUUCAUUGCUUGUAUACUUUAGUUCAUUAUAUGUUACUUUGUAAAAUCUGUUUAAAAAUGUAAUACCAGUAUCAAAUUUAAAUUCAAUUGUCUUUUUAAAUUCUAGUUUCUACAUCAAUUCAUUCUAUUACUUUGCAAUGUACAAAGAGUAUUAAAUUAAUUCAAACCCUAAGUAACAAUUUCAUACCUUCUUUCCAACAUUUUUUCCAUAUUUAAGCACAAGCUUGAUAUAAUUUGAGAAUCUCUGCUCCGGCAUUUAAUGCUCGACAUUUAAUUGUGUCGUCUUAUGUACACUGCUUAUCAUGCUGCGGUGGACUUGGUCAAACCCAAACCCGAUAUCUCAAAUCUACCAAUUUCUUGGUACGCAACUGUUUGUUUAUGCAGCCGACAUGCUUUCAUACCGUAUUCACAUAGCAUCGCGGAUACAUUCAAUAAAUUUACGGAAAUUGUUCCGGUUUUCAACUAGAAAUGCCUCUACUCUCGAGUAAUUAGUGGCAUUGCUUGUCAGGAAUUUGUCUUCCUUGAUGGCAUCUGUGUAAGUGUUUUGGUCUAAUCAGGUUAACGAAUGCAAAUUGAAUUGUUGUUUGCCAUCAAUUCAAUUUAUUUAUGAAAGCGGUUGCACCCAUCGGCUUAAGUUACACAUUAAACUAACUUAAACAAGUUAGAAAUAAAAUCUUUAAAUCAAGCUAAGUUGAUGUUAUGAUUACAUUAUUCUGCCCAGGCUACGUUUAGUUGCUUUCAUUCCUAAAAAAUCACACAUGAAACAUCCAAAAAAAAGCAUGUAUACUUAACCGUGAGACAUCAACUUUUACCUGUCCUUUCACCAGUCGGCAUAUUCAAUCUUACUAAACGGCAAUUCAUCGCCGAAGGCAAUUAUCUAGGAAAAGUCUCUUUUUCUUUUUUGUGGGAUCAGUUGCAUGGAAACCAUUUAUGUUUUUUGCUAGCAUCACUGAGCUUCAAAGUUGUUCACGCUUAAGUGAAUGAAUGUAGAUAGAAAAUACCCUUCCGAGAAGGAUUUUCUGGAACUCUAACCCGUAUACCUAGUGUCACUGGACAUCAUGAAAUUUCGUCGUUUUAAAAGGCCGUUUAUGAUUGUAUUUGGUAUUUAGAAUGUUGAGGUUAAUAUGUUGAAAUUUUGUUGACCAAAAUGUUGUACCUUUGUAUAUUCUUUUGUCGGAAAAGAAACGUCCAAAGUGAAACGCUGAUAGGAAUUUAAAUUUCAUUCAUUUUGUAACGGUACAAUACAUUUUCCUAAUAUAAACAAAAACAUAAAGCUCAAACAUGUGCUUUCCCAAACAUACUAAUUAUAAAACAAUUUUAGAACAGGCAUUAUCCUCCCAUUGUUCGAUGAUGAUGAUGAAAAGAGCAGACACAAUUCCACCCAACGAAAAAACUCUUAUCUUUAAUUGUUGUGCAGAUAAAAAAGUGACACAAAAAAAGCAGAUAAAUGUCCUUACCAUUGAAAAGCAGAAAGGUUAAGCAGACCUCGCAAAUUACUGGAACUGUAGGAUUGGCCAGCGUGAGGUUCGGUAGCUUUCCGGCGGGAAAAAAAAUGGAAAACUCCCAUUCCAGAUAACUUCGAACGCAGCAGUCAAGCUUUAUCUGUUGACUGGCUUAAGAUUUGUCAAACAAUUAAGGCAACAAUAGUUGGACGAUGCCUGUGAGGUAUGUUUUUUUGCGGUAAAAGCAAAAGCUGUUCUUUCAACCGUUCAUAGAUGUCAACUGCACCGCUUUUAAUGGAGUACGUUUGCUUAUCACGCUUUUCGUUCCUUCGAAUGUUCGCGUGAAAGGUAGAUUUUUCUUUGUGGAAAUGUUUGCUCUUUAACAAAAUUUCCAAGUCUACCAUUUAAAAGAUUUCGAUGCAAGUUGUUUGCUGAUAAAAAGUUUAAGUAAUGCAGACUUGUCAAUGAAGAUAUAUUAUCCAUAACCACAGCCGAAACUGGUGUUUUGUUAAUUAAAGUAAUUAGCAGUUUUUUUAGCAAAUCAACUGUACAUUUAUUGCUAGUUGCUAAACUGUUCGUUUUUAGAGGCUAUUUUCUGUAUAGAUCUCCUCUAACCUCUGUUUGAUAUGAUGUCAUGCCUUUGCUACUUUCUGCAGAUAAACUAAUUUACAGCUUCCGGAAAUAAUUGUGCAUGCAAACGAUAGUAUCGUUCGUGAAGAUGCUGGUAGUAACACAUCCACCAGCAAAGCAAAAGUAUCGUGCCGGGUCACCACGAAGAGUACGUGUCAAAUCGACUGCUUCAUACACAUUUAGGCGCUUUAUGUAAAACGAAAGUCUGUUUCAAAAAGCGAUGCGUAUGAAUAGCUUGAUUAAACACAACGUAAUCCUUUCCAGUUGUUUUUCUCUGGUAUUGGACCAUUGUUUUUUAUUCCUUCCUAUAUCAUGAUCCAUAUUCAGUGGGUCUCCUAAAUGUUUCAUUAUUUUAUAGACCAAAUUCGUCUACGGGGUAGCUAGAGUUUGAUAGAGAUCUUCAGGCAGUAUAUUGACAGGAAAAAACUAAAUUAGCAUUCAAUUAGCUACAGAAUAAUGAAGGUUUAUUAUUCCACCCAAUGCUCAAUAGAUCCCAACUUUCUGUUUUUUUAGCUCUUAACCUUUUCAACUUAGUCGAAACAACGUGCUUUGGUUAAUAUUGGAAAGAACGCGACAGCAGUACAUGUUUUAAGCAUUACACUAACAUGGCUGCAUUGAAUGUGGUCUGCCAAAACCAUUUUUGUACCGUUCACUCUCUCGAACAAAACCUACAUUACACUGCAAAACAUGUUUGUGAAUAUGGUUAGAGCUGAAAAGCAAAAAAAAAGGUUGCAAGCAAAACCUUCUGCUGAUCCACGCGAUUGAAGGACGGAUUCGGUCAUGAAUUUUUCAUGUGUUUCUUCUCAAUGCGAAAAAAGCGAAAACCGUUUCGUGUGCAGUAACGGCCCCCAAAACGGAAAACAACGUGCAUUAACGUCCGGCACGAUUUUAUCAAAUUUGUUUUCAGCAAAUCAAAAUCUAAUCACAGCAUCAUGUUCAAUAAUGUGAAAAUCACCGAGUUUCAAUUAUUCAUGCGGAUGUCACAUUAUGCUGGAUGAUAAGACACAGCUUAUUUGAGGAACGCUUACGCACUUAUUGGGAUUCGAGUGUGGCGUACAUCAUGAAAACAGACUCUCAAAAUAAUGCUACACAUCGGUAAGUAACAUAACUUUAUGCUCUCAACAGCCCCAGCGUGUAGCAAGCAGCCAAAUGAAUGUUAAUUUGUCAUGCAGAUUGCAUGCUUUCAGUUGUACAUACAUUUACAAAAGCUUGUCUACAUUAAGGCUUAAUAGGUCUUUUUAAAGAUACGAUUCGAUAUCAAACAAGGCAGACGUGUUUACAUAUGAUCUCGCAACACAAUGAUGAACAUUAAACAUAUUUUGAUUAUACAUGACGAAUGUUUCAUGUCCUCUAAUUUCAUUUGCAGCGUCAGACAACAAGAAUUUUUCACAGUUCAGUGCUUUGCUCUGCUUUGCAUUAAUGUAAAUCAUAUUUUGAUUCGUUAUUGAUAAAUCUUCUGCAAAAGGUACUUGCAUCGUCUUUUCCUUUGAUGUGCGUUACGUAAAAGGAUCUGUUCCUUUACAUGUUCCAAUCUAUUACGAAUAGAAUCCCUUUCAUCCGCUGUACUGUGUGCUAUCAAACUUCAAGAUUAACAAGUUUGAAAGAAACUAUUAUGUGAGAAUUUUAAAUAUUACAAUUAUUACAAUUUAAAUACAACAGUCGUUCGAUCAAUGUUUCGUGCGGUACAUUCGUCUUAUUCUUAUGAAAAGUUUUCAUUUAUUCGAAAGCUCAACUCUCCGAAACACACACAAGCAAAUUCAAACAAACGACAAACUCUGCGAAACACUGUACAAAUCUUCCGGAAAAGCUAAAACGAAACUUCCAUGCUUUAUCCUAAUGGAAAUAAUUUCUUAGAAUGAAAUACACUAACAUUUUGUUGGCUGCCGAUGGAAAAGUUUUUAAUCAAACCUUGCUUACUUACCACGUAACCUGCAUCGUGCACUAACGUCAUCUAGUGCUUACCAAAUGGAGGACGCCAUUAUAUAAAUAAACGUCAGAUGUUAGAAUGAAAUGAAGCUAACUCGGUCCCAUUUGUAACAUUUAUGUAAAGUACACCAAAAAUAGAAUCAAUUACUGCUGAAGGCGUAGAAUAAUUUCGUAAGAAUCUUCCAUCAUCACAAAAAUGGUCCUCACGAUUCAGCCCUGGUACGACGACGAGGGCGAAUAUAAAACUGUUAAUUAAGUUAAGCCUACGUGAAAAUUCAUACAUUGACAUAAUGUUAGGAACGAUCUUUUCGAAUAGGAUAAUUUAUUUUUGCUCGUACCCACGCACCCACAAAACACAUUUUGUAUUUGAAAGGAUCUAAGUAAUCCGUGCCGCUGUACAAAGAAGCCAUUUUUAGGAGAGAAAAAAAUCCUUUGCUUAAUGAUAAGACCACAUACUAGGAAGGAAAGCUGGCACUAAUCUUUGAUUUACGCCAAAUAGGAAACCAUAACAAAUCCUUACACACACACACACAUGGGCACAUAUAUAGAAAUGAUUAGAUGUAAUGAGAACCAAACAAAUCCUAACUGUCAAAAAAUCGUGGCAACACGUAACAAUUACAACCAACGUAAAACAAAGCAUUUCCUUUAGCAAAUGCAAAUAAAUACGUUUCUCAUCAGUGCUGUUGAUAAAAAGUACCAAAAACAAAAGCGAACAAAACCAACAUGAAUGUAAAAAAUAAUCCUGUUGCAAUGCGAUAAACGAUGAUGAUAACGAAGAUGGUUUGCAGUUUGUACAGUGUUACUUGCGGAACGCUUCCUUCUUGCCAUUUUCGGGAGAGAAAAAAAACCCCGUACCGUUCAGAAUUGCAUUAAACACAUAUUACACAGUAAGAAGCAUCGUUACGAAAUGUAUGUUUGUGAUGGGUAAUAUUUACACCAGAAAAGAAUUGAAUAGUUUAUAAAACACCUUUUCGUAUAAAAUAGCAUGGGAAUGUACAUGAUUUAGAGAAAAUGCAACUAAAACCGAAAGAGUAUGUAAAUGAAAGAUGAAAUAAAAACUUGAUUUGAUGUAAAAGUGAUUUAAAUAA